CCUUCUCGCAGGUCGACUCGGCGACGGCCCACAGCGCCUCGGCGGUAGUCCCCGCCUGCUCCGGCGGCGGCCCGGACUGCGGCACCCCGGUCUCGACCGCGGACGUGUUGAGCGAGGAGCGUCGCGCCGCGACCGACCGUUGGGCCGUACCAGUCUGUUCGUCUCGCUGCUGCUCAUCGUCUACAUGGUCUGGAGCUUCCGAUUCGAGCACGUGCACGGGGUGCACGAGACGACGGUGACCGUGCUCGUCGGCCUAGUUCUGGGCUUCGUUACGUACUACAUCGAUGGCAAGGCUCCCGUCUUCAGUUAUCGGAGCUAUUUCGUUUUGCCGAUGGUGAUAUUCGACGCCGGAUUCAAUCUGGAGAAGAAGAGGUUUUUCUGGUAUGUCGCACCGAUCGCUGCCUUGGGCCUUGUCGGCACGGUGAUCAUCUUCAUGCUGAUAUUCGUCUGCUCGGGGCUGAACGAUGUGUUCCCAGGUGUCUUCAAGACUUUCCAGGGUGGUGAUAUCCAGCUCUCUGUGCAGGAACGACUCGUGAUGGCCUCCGUGUUGUCCUCUACAGAUUCCGUGGCACCGAUCGCGUUCCUGCCCAAGGACAUGUAUCCGCGCCUCUUCGCGAUAGUCUUCGGCGAGGGGGUGCUCAACGAUGUAGUGGCUAUCCUCCUGAGCACCUCUGUCACAAACUCGGACGCGCUUCCCUCCAUCGUGGAUAUAACCGUCACAAUAGCCUACUACCUCGUCACAUCCUCCUUCAUGGGUGUGUCAUUUGGUUUCUCUGUCUCGUACGUAUUCAAACACAGCCAGUGGUUGCACGAGGAAGUCGUGCACCCAUGCGCACUCAUGCUUCUCCUCAACUACAUAUGCUACGUGCUCACGGAGAUGUGCGAAUUCUCGUCCAUAUUCGCUCUCUUCGUUUGCUCGCUGCUCUGUGGGCAUUACGCGCAGACGUCGCUGUCGGAGGAGGCCCAGGAGUUUGCGGACCAGAUCUCGGAGUUCCUGGCGUACUGCGCCGAGGCCUUCGUGUUCGGCUACUUCGGCAUGACCGCGGUGGGCUACCUGAUGGAGCCGAGCCAGUUCUCGCCCACGCUGAUCCUCUUCUACUCCCUGCUGAUCGUGCUGUCGCGAGCCCUGACCGUGCUGACGAUCUCGGUCCUGCUCCGGGUCGUCAGGAUCCACCACCUGUCCCUAAGGUGGAACCACAUGGCGGUGAUCAUGAUGGCCGGUUGCAUGCGCGGGGCGAUCGCCUACGCGCUCAUCUUGAAGGCGGUGCCGCCCGCUGGGCAGCAGUCGCCGCAGCAGGUGGUGAUGGUGUCCACCGUCCUGGGCAUCGUGCUGCUGAACUGCCUCGUGUUCGGGGGGCUGUUUCCCGUGGUCAUGCGGCGCCUCGGCAUCCAGGCGUUGGGCGCGUCUCUCCCCCACGGCAUCUCGCACUCGUUCCUCGAGUCCUCCGCGGAGGCCUCGCACCACUACAGAAUGCGCGCGAAACUGCACGCUGCGUGGUCGCAUUUCGACAACUCGCGGCUGAAGCCGCUGCUCCAGAAGGACUGGGGCCACCCAGAGCCGCCGAGGCGCAAGCUGCUGGACGCCGACGGCGAGGAGCCCGACGCCACCCCCGUCCGCCGCGACGCCCUCGAGACGCGCUGCCGGACGUGCUCCAUCUGAGGGCGGCGCGGGGCCCUUCCCGCCGGCGGCCGCCGCCCCCCCCCGCCCACAGCGGCGAGGGGCGGGGCCGCCCUCGGCCGCCGCCCACAGCGGCGAGGUGCGGGGCCGCCUCGGCCGCCCCGCCGCGGCCUCGGGCGGCGCCCGGGCCGCGCGGGCCGCGCGCGGCUCUGCUCGGGGGGAGGGGCCCUCGCGCGGCGUGGCGACCGUGCCGCGUGGUGGGCUUCAGCCCCCUGGCGACGCAGCUCUUGCACGGCGGGCGCGCCUUCGCCCGGGUUCUCGGGCACGGGGGGGGGACCAGAUGAUGCUCGUCAGGGCACCUCAGGCUUCUUCACUUCGCGCACUGCGCGGUGACGUCCCGCGGGCGGUGAGAAACGGCGGCGUCUGUGCAGGGUGCUCUGGAUUUCUCCCGAGUGGCACCUCGCCCUCGGAGUUUCAGGAUGGGGAUUCUCUGGGCGGCUUUCUUGCGGCCGCGGCGGCACUGCAUGGCCCACAUGCCAGUCGGCGCGAGACCAUCAUCGCCGCACCCCUGGCGGCGCCUCUGCCGCCGCCUGGCGCGCGGAGCGCGCCGGGGAAGAAGCGUGGGAAAGGAUCUGCCCGGACCGCCGAAGUUUCUUCCCAGUGACAAGGCUUUCGACUGCACGUAGGAGUGACGUUUCGUCAUAGUGACCUUUGUCAGGAGGGGAAAAAACACACAGAC